GAGGAGGACGCGCGCAGGUUCACGCGGACGUACACGACUUGAGGCAGGGAAAAGGCGGAUGUGUUAAAUUGUCACUCCGGGAACAGGACUCUGCCAACCUAACGCCACGAAAUGGACAAUUCUGCUCCACGCUCCGCUUGCUCCAUGUUUGCGUUGCUGGUGGGAGCCUCGCAGGUUUUGGGCCUGUCGUCCGUGGUGUUGACCGGAGUGUGGAUGGGUCACUUCAGCGGGGGAUUUGCUUGGGACGGCUCGAAACAGGAGUUCAACAUGCACCCUCUGUGCAUGGUGCUGGGCAUGGUCUUCUUGCAGGGAGAUGCUAUCCUGGUGUAUCGAGUAUUCCGCAAGGAGGUGUCGAAAAAUGUCAAGAUACUUCAUGGCGUCAUUCACCUGCUCGCCCUCAUCAUCAGCGUCGUAGGCAUGGUGGCUGUGUUCGACUUCCACGGAGCAGCCAAGUACACGGACAUGUACUCCUUACACAGCUGGUGCGGGAUGGCUACUCUCGUCUUAUUUAGCUUGCAGUGGGUGAUGGGUUUGUUGUUCUUCCUGUUUCCUGGUGCGUCGUCAUGGUUGCGAGCCUCGUACCUCCCCGUCCAUGUGUUCUGUGGUCUGUUUCUGCUGGCCAUGGCUGUCGGGACCAGCCUGCUUGGGAUCACAGAGAAACUCCUCUUCGACAUCAAGUCCACCUAUUCCUCCUUCCCCGCUGAGGGGGUGCUGGCCAACAUAUUGGGUGUCCUGCUGGUGUGCUUCGGUGUGCUGCUGGCCUACCUGAUCACCAGGGACCAGUACAAGCGCACACCCAACCCAGAGGAGGAGGCUUUGGCGGUCCACUUCAAGACCCUGACUGAAGAAGGUUCACCCACCUCCAGUGACUGACUUCUUCAAAUCAACCCAUUGUUGCAGCCGUGUAGACAAACUCAUCUUUAGGGUCCAUCUUCUUCUUUUCAUACAAAACUAUACAUUACUCAUUUCAAUCCUUUGCUUUUUGCUCUGUAGGACCCUAUGUGUGCUCUGUAGAACCCCAUGUGUGCUCUGUAGGACCCCAUGUGUGCUCUGUAGG